AUGGAAGCUCCGCCCACCACAGGCGCUGCUCCGUCAGUCUCCGCCACCACCUACCUGAUACCUCCGACCGCCGCCAUUGUUUCCAGCUCCCUCUCCCACCUCUUACCGCCCCGCCCUAAUUUCAGUUACAUGAACGAAAGCUCCGCCCACCAUAACCGCCGCUCCGUCAGUCUUCGCCAAUGCCUCCCCAAUACCUCCGACCACCGCCCUCUUUUAAGCUCUCUCUCCCACCUCCUGCCGCCCUUACACGAACAGAAAACUCUGCCCACCACAACCGCCGCUUCGUCAGUCUCAGCCACCGCCUCCCCAACAACUCCAACCGCCGCCGUCGUUUUCAGCUCCCUCUCCCACCUCCUGCCGCCCCCCUCCACAUCUCGACCCUCGUUUGCAGUUGCACGAACGUGA